CAGUUGUAGUGAGAGACACAGCACUGAGGUAUUAUUUCCACUGGCCUUGUCAUCCCCUCAUAGUUUUACAAUGCCUGAAGGAAAGACUGAUAUGGAGAGGAUUGGCCUCUUCAGUGAGAUGGGCUACACCAGCAUUGGAGAUAAAUAUGCUGCCCCUGGCUCCAAACCUUUUAAUGAAUCUGCCAGUAAGAACAGACAAAUGCUUCCUGGAGGCUCCAAAUCCAUGGCUAAUAUGCUGGGGGGAUACUUUGAUGGCCAGUUCAAAAGAGUUUUUGAAGGGGAAUCAUACUCUGAUCCUUUCAAGCAAAGAAGACAGCAUCGAAUGCAACAGAGCAAGAAGAAUUUGGGGAAGCCCUUCCUCCCAUCCAGUGGAGAGAAAAAGCGAUCUGGAUUGGGCAGCUUCUAUGGCACAUUAGGAGGUCCGGUAGUAGCAUUUAGUGCUGAGCUAAAAUCAAGGAAAGCAUACACUGCACCAGGGAAAAACUUCUACACUAAUCCUCCAAAAGACGGCAGUGGAUAUGGAUAUCCCAGUGUAACCAUAGGUAAACCAUACCCAUACUCCUCUGAAAAUUAUGACAUCUCAAGAGAGCUAAUAAAGAAGGAAAUUGAACAUCACAAAUCAAAACUGAAGGGAGGAGCUUUUAAAUUAAACCUACAUCCAAAAGAUUAUUUUGAGCCAAACCCUUACUAUACAGAUAAAACUCUGCCACCACUUAAGGUUCAUUCUCAAAAAAAAGAAACUGAAAAACCUUUUAAACCAAGUUCACCAGCUAAAGAGGCUGGUGGAAUGAAAGCUGGAACCUUUGACCCAUACCCUACUCACUCCAAUGAUCCUUACACAGCAAAGCCUUCCAAAACUCCUGUCAAAGAAAGAAAGGUUUUCCAUCCUCCAGGUGGACCAAAAACAUAUCCAGUUCACAGUAUUUUAACCUCAAAUGUAAUAAAGUCAGUCACUGCGUUAAAUUACAAGACUGUAAAUCUAGCGUCAUAUUAGGUGCUCAACGAAUCAGCAGAAUGUAAAUGAAUAAAUGGGAUGUGUGUGAGGACAAUCCCUGUGUUUUGUUUUAUACACCACAUAAAUAUAUUUUUUAAAGUAAUUCAUAGGAGGAUUACUGAAAGUCUUAAUGUACGUUACUUCUAAAUUAUUUACAGUGUCACCUUAUGGUCUGAGGUAAAAAUAAACAAUUUUCUGAUUGAAA